AUGGCUCGCCUCCCCAACCUGUUCAGCAAGAGUAGCAUCCAGCUGGGGGAGCAGAGCUGCACAGGCGAGGGCGAAGACAACACCAAGCUCCUCGGGUUGCCUAAUAUUGGCAACACCUGCUUCAUGAACUCUGCUCUGCAGUGCCUGCUGGGGCUGCCAGCAUUUUGCAGAGACAUCCUGAGACAGCAGAACAUCUGGAGUUCCUCCCCCUCCUCUAAACUGCUAUGCUGCUUUGCCAAGUUACAUCAGGCCAGGCUUUCUGGAGGCACUGUUAAUGAUAAGAACAAGGAAAAUAAGAAAAUCCUUCAAACAGUCAAGCGCUGUCUUUCCGUUGUCAAUGAGGACUAUGAGGAAGACUAUGAACAGCUGAAGGAGGAGGGUAUGGCAUUAAAGGGCUCACCAGAGCCAUACACCUGCCCCGUGAAGCAGUUAGAAUUCAAGCUGAAGACUUCCCGUACCUGCACCAGCUGUGGAGUUAUAGUUUAUGGUCAGGAGGAUUAUAAUCACCUGUCACUGAGCCUGAGCCAUGACCUGCCACACAGCCUGGACCUCUACUUUAAGCCAUCUGCGUUAGAGUGUGCAUGCAGGGUGUGCUCAGGAAGCACGGCAUCUGUGACUAGGCACUUCCUCACGCUGCCCCGGGUCCUAAUGCUUCAUAUCAAGCGAUUUACUGCAGGCAACUGGGAGCCAGAGAAGGUGGAUGAUCCCAUGUCCAUCCCUGCAGAAAUAACCCUCCCAGCUAGACACCAGCCAGACAAUAUCUACAGAUUGUCAAGUGUGAUCUCACAUCUGGGAGACAACAUGUAUACAGGCCACUACAUCAGUGAUGUUUUGGACAGCCGUGGCAGUGGGUGGCUCUGCCUGGAUGACGCACAUGUCUUGAGGACAGAUGAGGCCACUGUGCUGAAGGCAAUUGCACAGACUGCCUACAUCCUGUUCUAUGUCUGCAGACAUUGUAUGUACAUGUAA